AGGAUACAUUUGCUGAAUAAUCACAAUAAAUCAACAAUUUCCCGUCAUGUCUAAGGCAUUAUGUUGUUAUGCGUUUGAAACAUUGAUCAAUAAACUCAACAUUGAAACUCACAAGGUCCCAUUGUCAACAUAUUUUGAUGCCUUGAAUGAAAACUUAAAAUCCUUGCCCAAAUCUGCGCCACUUUUCAUUACUUGGAAUAAGAACGACAAUUUACGUGGGUGUAUAGGUACAUUUCUGGAUUUCCCUCUUGAGUCUGGAGUUUCGAAAUUUACCAUCAGUGCAGCCAUGCAUGACCCUAGAUUCCCUGCCAUAUCGAAACUGGAAGUCAAUCGUCAUUUACUGGUUAGCGUCACAUUAUUGGCUGAUUUUGUUGAGAUUCAUGAUCAAAAUGAUUGGACUAUUGGAUUGAAUGGAUUAAGAAUCUCCCUUAAAUAUGAAGGUGAACAUUACCUGGGAACAUUCUUACCAUCGGUGGCUGAAGAACAAGGAUGGGAUAAAGUGACAACGUUGUACCAUUUGUUAAAGAAGGCAGAAUUCCCAUUAGCUAGAGCCAAUGUUGAGCAGUUUUACGAAAAGGGUUUAAAAGAAGGGUGGUUGAGAUUAACCAAGUAUGAUGGAUUAAAGGAUCAUUUAAGCUAUGAUGAAUUCUUAAAGAUUCGCAAUCAACUUGUUUAAAGUGAUCCAUUUAUAUUUGAUAGCUCUUUGUGCAAUCUUUUUUUAAAAAAACCCCAUAUUAUUGUCCCGCAUAUUCCCGGUGCGGAUAAAUGCGGAUUGUAUUUUUUUUUUUGUUUGUUUGACAUAUUUUAAUAAAGCAUUUUGUAUUUCCGCAAAUAUUUUCAUGCCCCAAAAAGGGUAAUUCCGU